UCGGAGCUGUGUGCGCAGUGCGUGUGCUCCGGACACCCGGACACGCCGGCCCGGCCCCGCCGCACCAUUUAUUACUAAAAAUAUAAAAAAGACAAAAAAAAUCAAAAAAUCCUAAAAAAUCUCUAAAAAAACCCCUUCCCUCUUCCAUCUUCCGACAACCUUCUACAACCGGCCGGUUUGAUAAAAAAAUAACCCGGUGAAGCGAAGCCCCCGGACCCGGCGCAGCCGAGAGGAGACACAGAGCGAGCCUGACCCCCGCUGAGGCCAGCAGCAGCCGCCGCCGCCGCCACCUUCACCAGGCCCGGCACAGAGUGAGCCAGACCCCCUCCCACCGUUUUCACCCGCCGCCGCGCAUCCGCCUCUCGCGGCCGUUAAGUUUCGAAUCCGCCUCCGGAGUGCCCCCUUCCCAGCUCCGACACCGCCGGUCCCUGCCUUCACGGACCGCCGGGCCGCCGCGGCCUCCUCGCCUCGUCAGCGCCCCCCCUUUGCCCUCCAACGCCUGGAGACGGCGGCAGGAUGAACCCCAGCGCCCCUAGCUACCCUAUGGCCUCCCUCUACGUGGGGGACCUACACCCCGACGUGACGGAGGCCAUGCUCUACGAGAAGUUCAGCCCUGCUGGGCCGAUCCUUUCCAUCCGCGUCUGCAGGGACAUGAUCACCCGCCGGUCGCUCGGCUACGCCUAUGUCAACUUCCAGCAGCCCGCCGACGAUGUCUUUCUCGGAUCGGGAAGGAACAUAAAAGCUGAACGAGCUUUGGAUACCAUGAACUUCGAUGUCAUCAAGGGCAAGCCAGUGCGCAUCAUGUGGUCCCAGCGCGAUCCAUCUCUCCGCAAGAGUGGUGUAGGGAACAUCUUCAUCAAGAACCUGGACAAAUCGAUCGACAACAAAGCUUUGUACGACACCUUCUCUGCCUUUGGGAACAUCCUGUCCUGUAAGGUGGUGUGCGAUGAGAACGGCUCCAAGGGGUAUGGGUUUGUACACUUCGAGACACAAGAAGCCGCAGAGCGAGCUAUUGAGAAGAUGAACGGCAUGCUGCUGAACGACCGCAAAGUAUUUGUUGGAAGGUUUAAAUCCCGCAAGGAACGCGAGGCAGAGCUUGGAGCCAGAGCAAAGGAAUUCACCAAUGUUUACAUCAAGAAUUUUGGAGAAGACAUGGAUGAUGAGAGACUUAAGGAACUCUUUGGCAAGUUUGGUCCUGCCCUAAGUGUGAAAGUUAUGACCGAUGAGAGUGGAAAAUCCAAAGGCUUUGGCUUUGUUAGCUUUGAAAGACAUGAAGAUGCUCAAAAAGCUGUGGAUGAGAUGAAUGGGAAGGAGCUCAACGGGAAACAAAUCUAUGUUGGCCGGGCUCAGAAAAAGGUGGAAAGGCAGACAGAGCUGAAGCGCAAGUUCGAACAGAUGAAGCAGGACAGGAUCACCAGAUACCAGGGUGUCAACCUUUAUGUGAAAAAUCUGGAUGACGGCAUUGAUGAUGAGCGUCUGCGGAAAGAGUUCUCGCCGUUUGGAACAAUCACCAGUGCAAAGGUCAUGAUGGAAGGUGGCCGCAGCAAAGGGUUUGGAUUCGUGUGCUUUUCAUCACCAGAAGAAGCCACCAAAGCUGUCACAGAAAUGAAUGGUAGAAUUGUGGCUACUAAACCAUUAUACGUAGCUCUAGCCCAGCGUAAAGAAGAGCGCCAAGCUCACCUCACCAACCAGUAUAUGCAGAGAAUGGCAACUGUGAGAGCAGUACCUAACCCUGUCAUCAAUCCCUACCAGCCAGCACCUCCUUCAGGUUACUUCAUGGCAGCUAUCCCACAGACUCAGAACCGUGCUGCAUACUAUCCCACCAACCAGCUCGCCCAGCUUGCCAGACCUAGUCCUCGCUGGACUGCUCAGGGUGCCAGACCUCAUCCAUUCCAGAACAUGCCUGGUGCUAUCCGCCCAGCAGCACCCAGACCACCCUUCAGUACCAUGAGACCAGCUUCACAAGUCCCACGAGUUAUGUCCACACAACGUGUUGCCAAUACAUCGACGCAGACCAUGGGCCCGCGCCCCGCAGCAGCAGCCACUGCCGCCACUCCUGUCCGCACAGUCCCGCAGUACAAAUACGCCGCGGGCGUCCGCAACCCUCAGCAGCACCUCAACACGCAGCCACAGGUUGCCAUGCAGCAGCCUGCUGUCCAUGUGCAAGGUCAGGAACCCUUGACUGCUUCCAUGUUGGCUUCUGCCCCUCCACAAGAGCAAAAGCAGAUGUUAGGCGAACGUCUCUUUCCUCUCAUCCAAAACAUGCACCCCACUCUGGCGGGUAAGAUCACCGGGAUGCUGCUGGAGAUUGACAACUCUGAACUCCUCCACAUGCUCGAGUCUCCUGAGUCUCUUCGUUCGAAGGUUGAUGAAGCUGUGGCCGUACUACAAGCCCACCAAGCUAAAGAGGCUGCUCAAAAGGCAGUUAAUAACCCCACUGGGGUUCCAAGUGUUUAAUAAAAAGAUCCGGGACUACAACCUAGAACUUCGCUUCACCGAAGAAAAAACAAUUUAAACAUGGAAAAAUAUUAAAUAUUGAGAAAAAAACAUUGCAAAAAUAUAAAAUAAAUAAAAAAAGGAAAGGAAACUUUGAAGCUUAUGUACAGAGCAACGCCGGGGCUAGUAAAAGAAAUGCUAGUCCUAGAUUACUUAUUGAUUUAAAAUGAAAAAAAAAUAGUAAAAUUAAAAAAGACAAAUUAAUGUUUUAUAAACCCGGGGAAAAGAAUUUUCAGCACAGUACAAAAAAUUUAAAGCAUUCCUUUCUUUAAUUUUGUAAUUCUUUACUGUGGAAAAGCUCAGAAUAUCACCACUGUUUUAGUUGACAGUGAGAAUUGAUAGCUGAGCAAAGAACCGUAAUUUGGAUUAUAAAAUUCUUGGUUUAAUAAAAAUUCCUUAA